UUAUUUUGAAAAUUAAUAUUUCUAUCAUGCGCGCCUCACAAGAAAUUCCAUGAAAGAAAUACGAAUUUGAUUGGUUAUUUCUAAUAAAGUGAAUACUUAUAUAAAAUAAAAGUAUCUCUUAAAUAUCUGAGAAAGUUUUUUAUAUUUACAUGUUUGCAAAUAUCAUAUAGCAUUUUGCAAUCGUAAUUGAAGAAAUAAAAACGCUGUGUGAAAUGAUUUUUUUUUUAAAUUUUGUAAAAUCAAAUUGUCUAGGGAAUUAUUUAUUCAUUUUUUUUCGAUGAUCUUAACGACUAUGAAUUUUAGAAUUAAAACAAUUUAAAAAUCGAUAAUUUUGUAACAAUUUAACAAUGCAUUAAUAUAAAUAUUAUUAUAUAUUAUGUGAAAUAUUUACCAUUAUACAUGCUUAUCUUGAUACAAGAUCGUUUCGGAAUACAUUAGUUAUUCAUUAAAUAUUUUGGGAAUUGGAAUUCGUCAUAGAAUAUAUUAUUCGAAUUAAAAAUAAUAAACAUAAAAUAGAAAUGAAAUUGAAAAAAAAAUUUAACGCAGAUUUCAAAAAUUGAUGGGAAUAACUGUGUCAAUUAAGCAUGCAAAAAUUAUAUCAAUUGAUGAUCCACAAAGAUCACCUAGCAUAAAGUCUAGACCAAAUAUAUCAGCAAACAGACGUGUACUUCGGACAACGCGAGCUUUAAAAGAAAUUCGAUAUUUAAGAAAAACUGUAAAAUUGAUUAUACCAAAAGCUCCUUUUGCUCGUUUAGUUAGAUAUAUUAUUAUAGAUUUAUUUCCUAAUAGUGAUGUAGACAGAAUUCAAGCAUCUGCACUUGAAGCAUUGCAAGAAGCAGUUGAAGCAUAUAUUGUUCAAUUUUUUGAAGACUGCACAUUAUUGUCACAACAUGCAAAACGCGUAACUCUUCAAAUUCAAGAUGUAAUUUUAUUGCGUCGACUUAGAGGAAGGGAUGAUAUUAUAAAUAGAUAAAAUAAUUUUAUUUUUUAAUUCACCAUUUGUAUCAUAUAUAAUUAAAUGAACAUUUAUUUCAUAUAUAAUAUUAUUAAAAAUUUUUAACAAUUUAAUGUAACAAACAACAAUUAAUGUAUAAUAUAAAUAUAAAAAUUGCAAUUUUUGCUCUUUAUGAAAUAGGAGUAAUAUUUUAAAUAAUAUUUUAUAUUUGUAAAAAUGGAAUUUUUAAGUAUCAAUAAAUUAAACUUAUAUUGGUUUGUUCAAUAAGAUUUAUUUUAUAAGAAACAAACUUUUAAUAAAAUUCUUUUACUUUACGAAACUUUGGUAAAAUAUACAUUUCUCAAUUUUUAGACAGGUCUUUAAAAUAGUAUACAUCGAAGCUUCGUAAUUCACUUCAUAUAGAUUUUGUUUGAACUUUCUAUGUACGUAUGUAAAAUAACUUCAGUUAAAAGUGAUACAGUAAAAACGAUAAAAUAAUAUCGUAACCAAUUGUUACGUUUAAAUUUCUUUUGUUAUUUCGUGCGGGUUAGCUGCCAUCACUCACGACAUAUGUCAUAAGUGAAACAUUAUGAUAAUCUAAAAAAACAGACUAAAAAAUAGUAUUACAAAUAGCAAUGCUAUCUAUCUACGCAUUUAUAAUAUAUGUAUAUCUAUAAUACAAUUUGAUAAGGAAAUAUAAAAGUUACCUGAAAAAACAGGUUACUUUUUCAUGUUUGUAUUACAUCAAAAAUAUCUCGUACUUCUCUUUUUUCGUACAUCUCUUUCUCUCACUCUCAUUUUCACCGAUUCACUCAUUCAUUCAUUUAUUCAUUUUUUCAAUCCUGGAUUUCUAUGAAGGUUUUUUUUAGGCACAAUAUUAAUUACGCUUUUAUGCUGCCUGUAUUGUACAGAAGUGAGAUUACGAUAAUUCGUAAUUUUAUUAGCAAUAUUUCAUAAUCAUUUUUUUUAUUUGCUAUACAUUUUUUAAGUAUCAUGUAUAUUCACAGUUAAUAGGAAAUUGAUUUUAGAAAAAUUUUAUAUUAUUCUUUUUCUUUUGUUCUUUUAAACAUUUUAAAUAUGUACAUUCAUUACGAUACAUCAUUAAGAAAUUAAAAAAAAAAAAAGAAAAAAAA